AUGUGUUGGGGCCAAGUGAGCUGUCCUUUGAGUGGGUGCUCAAAUGAACUCAUCUGGAUGAAUGGAUCCCAUGCCAUCUUUCAGAGGUACAGGCAUUAUAAGCUAAAGGGGAAACUUCUGGAAGAGAAUGUGUCUUUGACCAUAGAGAAUGCAAAUGAGAUUGACAAUGGUCUGUAUUGUUGCUGUGUUGAGUACAGGGGUUGGUUUAAUGAUAAGAAACUCACACUAUCAUUGGAGAUUAAACCAGCCAUGGUUACCAGUGUUCCAACAUCACCUGAGGUCUCUACCUCUGCUCCUCCAACACCAGCAACCACACAGAGCCACAGAGCAGCUACUUCACCUUCCCCAAAGCAGCCAGCAACAACCCAUUUUAAGAUACCUCAGGAAAUGAGAAGGAUGCAACCCACAAGUUCACUAGGCCACCAUGACACAUCCGCUACUUCACCUUUCCUAAAGCAACUAGCAACAACCCAUUUUAAGAUACCCCAGGAAAUGAGAAGGACACAACCUACCAGCUCACCAGGCCACCAUGACACAUCAGCUACUUCACCUUUCCUAAAGCAGCCAGCAACAACCCAUUUUAAGAUACCCCAGGAAAUGAGAAGGAUGCAACCCACCAGCUCACCAGGCCACCAUGACACAUCAGAUGGGAAUGGUACUGUGACACAGUAUUUAGAUGGCCUUUGGCAUGGAAAUCAAACUGGGGUGUCCCUAGUACAAGAGCCAUGGAUGACCACCACAAAUGGAGUCUACAUUGGCAUUGGUAUUUUUGCUGCAGUGCUUCUCAGUCUUCUAGUUGUCAUGAUUAUUAAGUGGUUUCAUUCAAUGGCUCUCACAUUAGAGCUUUAUGAAGAGCAGCUGAAAACUGUGUCAAAGCAGAAGACAAUAUCUACAUUAUUGAGGACAAUCUCUACCUCAUGGACUAAGAUCCAGCAGCCCACUAGGGCUUUAUUGUGA